CCCGGACCUGCCUUGGACGAUGAUGACGAUACCAGAGUUGAAGAAGAGGACGAGCUCGCGGGCAAGGUGAUACGAAUGGAGGAAACAAUAGUGGAGACGUGGAGGGCCUACUUCGGAGAGGACGAAGAAGGAGUGGACCUGGACGAAGAGGACCGAAUGGACGUGGACGGCGAAGAUGAGGCUCAGAAGCCGCUAGACCCGAACCAAAAAUGGAGACCCUUCGCGUCCGAGCUCGACUGGCGAGUAGCCAUGUGGGUUGUUCGAGAGGAUGUCGGUCAGAAGUCGCUCAAUCGGUUUCUGAGCAUACCGGGUGUGGUUGAAAAGCUCGGUCUUACGUUCAAAGACGUACGCGAGCUCUUCAUGAAGAUUGAUGCCAUCCCGGAGAUGGCGGCUUGGAAGACAUCGUCUCUCGCGUUCCCGGACAGGCCGGAUGAGAAGCAUCUCGUUCGAUACCGAGACAUCCUUGAAGCAAUCAAGGCGCUGCUGGGCAACCCGUCCUACGCGAAGUACAUCGUGUAUCGCCCGAAGCGUGUCUUCACAGAUCGGUCGAGGACGAAGCGCAUUUUCACGGAGAUGUGGACGGGACUGUGGUGGAACGCGGUGCAG